CGCGGGGGCGGGCGGGGGGCUGGGCGGACGGCGCGGACGAGGGCGGCGAGGGGGAGGACUGCAGGCUCAGGCCCUGGCGGCGGAGGCUGCUCGCGUCCAUGGCGUUCUCGUGGCCCUCGGCCCUCCGCCUCGCCGUCGGCGCCGCCCUGCUCACGGCCGCCGGCGUCGCGCUCUUCACGCUCCCCGUUGAGAAGAUUUUGAAGGAUUUUCUUGUUUGGAUCAAAGAGAACCUUGGUGCAUGGGGUCCUUUGGUAUUGGCCCUUGCUUACAUCCCUUUGACGGUCUUAGCUGUUCCAGCCUCAAUACUCACACUUGGGGGUGGUUAUCUAUUUGGCCUGCCUGUUGGGUUUGUUGCUGAUUCCAUUGGAGCGACAAUUGGCGCAACUGCUGCAUUUUUGCUUGGUAGAACGAUUGGAAGGCCGUAUGUUCUCUCCAAAUGCAAAGAUUACCCCAAGUUUCAAGCAGUAGCUAUAGCCAUUCAAAGGUCUGGCUUCAAGAUCGUGUUGCUACUACGGCUUGUACCUCUACUUCCAUUUAACAUGUUGAACUACCUGUUGUCUGUCACUCCUGUUGGCAUUGUGGAAUACAUGCUGGCAUCUUGGCUGGGAAUGAUGCCAAUCACUCUCGCCUUGGUAUAUGUGGGAACAACACUAAAAGAUCUAUCAGAUGUGACACAUGGAUGGAGUGAGAUCUCGACUACCAGAUGGGUUCUCAUAAUUUCUGGCUUUGCAAUGUCCAUUCUCUUGAUUAUAUGCGUCACAAGAGUCGCAAAAUCUGCUCUGGACAAGGCGCUGGCAGAGAAUGGGGAGGCGGAUCUAGGAGCUCCGCAGCUUCCGGUGGCGGCCUCUCCCUCGGAUCUGCAUCAACCUCUUGUAAUCAGGAUUGACACCUCGAAUGAAGAUCACGAGAAGUAAACCUGUUGCUUACAACUUUACAUGUACAUUCUGUGGGAUCUGUAGCGUUGUACUCCUUAUAUUAGUUCUGGUUUAAGGAAGACAUGGGUGUUAAAAGGUUAAAAAGGAAGAGGGAAAAAGAGGGAUAUGCCAAUGUGAGAUUGACUGAUAGGUGAUACUACAGUAUACAUUGUUUCCUUUUUUUGUUUUAAUCCACGUGAUGGUACUUUUAUUGUGAUGCUGACAUAUUUGUAGUUGUACUUUCUUAUGUUGACGCGUUCAAAGCUCCAGAGCUUGAUUAUCAUCAUCAA